AUGCAUCCUCCGUUGAAAGUUUCACAGUUGGAGACUGCCCUAUUGGAUGUGCUGAAAAAACCCGUGGUUGUUUCGGGCCCUGCCGGCUGUGGGAAGACCUUUUUGAUCCGGAGUGUCUGUGCUAAGUAUGAUUAUGACUUAGUCCUCUUAGACAGUGAGUUAGAGUGGUCUGAGUAUCGCUUGAAUCCUCGCACGGUUUAUUUAUUGCGGGUGGCUGGUGAUAACUAUCAAAUCAAAAAGAAAGCCUACCAUGGGAUUGUUUUCGAAACUGAAUCUCCGUAUCUCUAUAAGCAGAUUCAAGGCGCUGUCCAUGUUCGAUUGAAUAAGGUUACACAACGAGCCAUGCACCAGAAGUUCUUGCUGCCUCAGGUACCAGAAAGCCUGCACAAGGCCGGCCUGCUAGCUAAGUUGCCGACUUCGGUGCAGCACUACGUGAUUGAUGAGCCAGAUAGCCAGGUGUCCUUCUUUCACUUGAUUGGCAAGAUUCUCUAUCGGAAGAAGGAGAGUAUGACGCCUAAGAUCUUUACUCUCCUGGAACAGAACUCAGUAGCCAAGGUUCUGGAGUAUCUACAUGAGAAUGCCCCGGCCUUUUAUGACGAUUUGGAGGCGUUCAGUGCAACUCUGGAGAGCAUUUCGGACUGUUUAGAUCAAAACUACUCUUAUCUAUCAUUGGUGUCGAGUGUUUAUACAAUUUGGAAGAGUCCUAAGUACACCCCCAAGAAGUUCUAUCAGAUUAGAUCGUCUUCUUACUUUCACUAA